AUGCAGCCUGGCUGCCACAAAGCUUUAUUUGAGCGAAUUAUUUUUUCACUUGAGGAUACUCACGCGAGUUUGCUUCUGUUUCACGCGUGUGUGUGUGUGUCUGUGUGUGUGUGCGCGCACGCGUGCAUGUGUGACGUGCUGUGUAUUUAUCAGCUUGGGGCCACGGGGCAGCCUUGUAAGUGGAAGGGUGGGACAUGGGGCACCUUCUCCACCGGCCUAACCUGUCCUUCCUGGGGACCCAUGCUGCUGCCGCCGCUGUCGCCACCACAGGGCAUCUCUUGUGUUUCCAACACUCCCUGCCCAGACCGAUUUUUAACUGGAAAUUGUCACAACAGUGGGACACCAGAGCCCCAGACGGCACUGCCUCCUGCCACCUUAAUGUGA